AAUGUUGAAAUGGACAAAAACAUGAUAUUUGAAAGGAAUGAUAAAUAGGGUAAACUAAUAAUGAAGCUAUAACAAAACUAUCGUGGAUAAAAAAAUCUAAAUGAGUUUUCUUCGCCGCUUCCGGCCCAGCGUUUACUCAUUGGAGACCCAGGCUGAGAACUCCUGGUGCCAACAUGUUCUAGGCAGAGUUCGUGAGUUGCAACUGCUUGAAUACGAGCUAGAUCUUUGUAAAGUUAGAUUGGAUCUUGACCUGUAUCUCUUCUCAGUUCUACCAAACCAUAGAGUAGAACUAAUCUUCUCCAGGAUACUGGGAACACUAAGCAGAGAUACGGCAGAGAGAAGUGUUCCAACAGAAUACCUGGAUCCAGAAUCUAGACCUAAUGUCAGAGUUCUUUUUCUCUCACUUUUCUACAAAACAAGAUUUGAAGGAUUGGAGUUAACUUGCAGUUCUUCAAGUCCUUGCAGUGCUCAUGUUCUUCAGUCUUUACAUUCAAUUAUUACCUCUAGUCAUACUCAGACUCCAGUAGUUACAGAACCUUGCCUUUCUAAUCUCAGAGUAAAACUAUUUUCCAAUUCUUCCUUAUCAAUUGAGGAGUCUUAUCAUCUCAAGCAAUUCAUAAGAACCCUUUCAAAUCUUCAGAAUUUGACUUUGUGGUAUGCCGCGGAUGAUUCUCUAUUGCAUAUUCUAGAGGAAACCUGCCCCAGAAUCCUUUCCUUGGAUCUUUGGAAAUCCAGUCAAGUAACAGAUGCUGGACUUUUAUGCUUUCUUGGCUACCAACAUACAUCAGAAGACUGUUAUAAAAACAAAAGUCAAGUUUUUGGUGAACACAAAACCAAUGGCAGAUUUAUCCAGAAGCAGAAUAAGAUAAAUUGUUGUAAUCUACGCCGCGUACUAUUAAAAGAAACCAGUGUAUCUUCAGCAGGUCUUUUCUCUCUUAUUGAGAACUGUUCUGAGCUGGAAUAUCUGGAGUACUCUAAAGGAAUACUAGAGGAUGAACUACUACAACUACUCAGUGAGAACUAUGCUAGGAAGAAAGCAGUUUAUUCUCUUCGAAGUAUCUUUAUCAAUGUGAACAGUAUGCCUGCACUAUUUAAUAUUGUAAAAUCACUGCCAUGCCUAACUAAACUUAGUAUUUGGAGCUCGCUCAAAGCCCCGCCAGGAUCCUGGCUCCAAUCAGAUUUUCAGUUCCUAAGCUCCCUUCAACUUGGAGGAAUUCAGAACUCUUUUUUCCUUAAGCAGCUCCUCAACCUGGUUGGAAACAAACUGAUCUCUCUUGAACUUAAUUCUCUUCAUUUUCCAGUUAAUAUUUGUGAAAUUGGGGCUGUGUGUUUAAAUCUGCAAGAACUAAGACUGUUUAGCUUAAAGGUUUUCUGUACAACGAAAAAGAAACACGUUGAUGAGAAUCAAACAGAAAAUAAUUCAGUUGACAAACCUUUAAAUAUACAGAAUACAAUAAGAACAAUUAAAAACCUUGAAACUUUUAAAAGUUUAGUUAAAGAAGAAACAAAUUUUGCCACAAUACUUGAGAAAAGCUUAAAUUGUGAAGAAUUGGUGAGAGCAAAUCCAUCCUUAAAUAAAGAACAGCAGAGCUGUGAUGAGGAUUCUCUAAAAACUGUUAAUUUUGACAAAAUCCGCUCACUCCAGUUCUUUCUGCUAGAACAUCAGGGGGAAGAAAAUGUUCUGGAAUACAUUCUUAGUCGAGCAACUUCUUUACAGAAUAUACAGGUGACUGGGAAAGACUCACUAAAUCACGACAUACUCCACAACAUCUUAAAGUUAAACCCGCUCAAAAAACUGAGAAGAUUUGUCCUGUCUGUUCCUACACAUGAGAACUCUCCUCUUGAACUCUCUACCGAGUCAUUAAACCUUCUUCAACAAUCCUGUCCUCAACUUCAGUGUAUUGGAGAUCUCAGACACUGGAAAGUGAGUAGAUCUGAAAAAGUCAAAUUCUCUCUUCAACAUCACUUGGUUUAAAUCCUUAUUAAAUGAAUUUGAUAAAAAAUG